CUUAGGAAAACAUUAGGGUGGCAGCCAUAUUAUCGGUCCAGCAGGAGUCUGGGUGUACGCCCAUCUCACCUUAACAAUACAUUACACGUGCAAUGGAAGAAACUAAGAUCAUUUAUCACAUAGAUGACGAGGAAACUCCGUAUUUAGUGAAAAUUCCCAAAGCCCCUGACAAAGUAACGUUAUCAGACUUCAAGAAUGUACUCAACAGACCAAGUUACAAAUUUUUUUUCAAGUCAAUGGACGAUGAUUUUGGAGUAGUCAAAGAAGAAAUAAUAGAUGACGAUGCACCGCUUCCAUGUUUCAAUGGCAGAGUAGUUUCUUGGAUUGUAUCAGCAGAUAGCAGUGUUGUGUCAGAUAAUGUGUCACAGUGUGCCGAGGUGGAGGGCGGCCGGCCGCCUGCAUACCACCGUGGAGAUACGACGAGUCAGCUUGAAGAUUCAACUUGUACAGAAACGGAGAGUGUUGUGUCCACUCGGAGAGGUGAGCAUGAGGGUGGCUAUGAGCCACAACAAGUGUUUUAUGCUGGUGUGAAAAGUCUAUUGGAGGAGGGUGCCAUCAAGAAUUUAUGUCGGCAAGUAAGAAAAAAAGUACAUUGGAUUCAAGGCUGCAAAGAAUUCCUUCAGCUUGCUACUGUGUGGGCGUGGGAGAAGAUGGGCGUGUGGGCUGAGUGGUGGUGGUGGUGUGCGAGGCCUGGUCGUCUGCCCCGAGCUGCACCUCUCUCUAUUCUCCUGGCCACUGUCCUCGCCCUUAUUUCCCUCCUCUUCCUCCUCAACGCUAAGGCGCUGAGCCGGCAUGCCAGCCCACGGCAAGUAUUGGAACUAGAGGACCACGACCUAGAAGGAGCGCUCAGCAUCACCCAGACCUGGUCACCUACAUCAGACAGCUCCAUCUGUGCACCCCGCCACGCUCCUUACAACCUCAAUAAUCCAAUACCCAGACUUCUCACAGAAUGGCCAAAAGUUGUAUACGGUAUUGUCAAGGAUACAUGCACUGCAAGAUGCAAGUCUGUCAGGGCAGAGCGACACAUGGGUCACAUCGUGAGUAGAUCUGAGGAAGGAGGGCGACAGGGCAUCUACGCUAGAGUCAAGUGCUUCCCUCUCUACUCACUCCUGCUUGCCCUCAACUCUACACACGUAGAUUUCUUGUCCCUGGAUGUAGAAGGAGCCGAGCUACAGAGCGGCACCACAGAAGUUCGCGACACCAUAAGUAUGAUAAAUACAAUGAUCGACACUUUGUGGAUCCAAACAGGGAUACAUCAAAAUCUGUCUCAUCUGGUAUGUCAUUCACAUAAACCAGAAACAGUACUAAUCUUGAUACCAGUCCUCAUUGAUACACUGCUUGUUACUUUACCCCAUUCUAACAGCUCUUCCCGGACAAUCACUGAGGUGCUCUUUGAUCACCAGAGAAGCAGCAGUGUGUCGAGACUUCAUGCACGGCAUCGUCGGAAAAAGCAGCGGCGUCAUCGACUUCAACCUGCCAUGUCACGCACCUCCUCCAUAUCCUCAAUCACUGACUCUACCAUGUCACUUAAUAUCAUCACUGUUACUUUAAACAUGGAUACUGUAAACUUCUUAGGCAUUUCCAUUGUUGGCCAGUCAAGUAAAGGUGGCGAUGGGGGGAUUUAUGUGGGAUCAAUAAUGAAAGGAGGAGCUGUUGCAUUAGAUGGACGUAUAGAGCCUGGAGAUAUGAUACUUCAAGUUAACGAUAUAAACUUUGAAAAUAUGAGUAAUGAUGAGGCAGUCAGGGUUUUACGGGAAGUAGUUCAAAAACCUGGGCCAAUCAAGCUCGUUGUUGCGAAAUGUUGGGAUCCCAAUCCAAAGGGAUACUUCACCAUACCUCGUACAGAACCUGUCCGGCCCAUCGACCCCGGUGCGUGGGUUGCACACACUCAAGCAUGCCGAGGAAUUCCAGGACAGGUGAUGAUCAGUGAUGUUUGUACUGGUAUUGUAGGGCAACAUCAAUCCUUUCCACACACUUCUAGAUCAACAAGCUACUACUUCUCCAAUAAAGGAGAGUUUCCUGGUCGUCCGCCAUCAGUGAGCACCCUUACCUCUACCAGCUCCUCCAUCACCUCCAGCAUCCCUGAGUCAGAGAGACCAUAUGAAGAGAUGAAGCUAACAGUAAAUACUUCUAUGGACACUAUAGUGCGAACAAUGGCAGCUCCUGACUCUGGUUUAGAAAUUAGAGAUCGUAUGUGGCUCAAGAUUACUAUACCAAAUGCUUUCAUUGGUGCUGACGUAGUGGACUGGUUGCAUCAAAGAGUAGAUGGUUUUCAAGAUCGGAGGGAGGCACGUAAAUAUGCAGCUCAAAUGCUCAAGGCAGGCUAUAUUAGACACACUGUUAAUAAAAAGGACUUCUCUGAGCAGUGCUAUUACGUGUUUGGUGAUCUGUGUGCUAGUUUAGCAGGUUUGAAGUUGGGAGAGGAGGAUACCCUGAGUGAGGCAGACCGGGACACACUUGCCCCAUUACCGCCUCCAUCUGGUACUUCUCCUUGGGGUGGUCCUCAUAUGCCCUAUGCUGGUACUUACGUGCCCCCUGCUACAGGUUACACACCUAUGCCAUUCAAUUACACUAAUGAAUCCUAUGCAUUUAACAGAGAUGGCAGCACCAAUAGUGGCUCUGGAAGUAGUGGCGGAACUCAAAAGAAGGUAGAACGAAAGUCUGCCUCUCCAGCCCAAAGUGGAAGCGACAGUGAAGCGAGUCAACGGAGUGCACGGCGGUUAGGGAGCGGUGGAGGUGGCUCUGGCAGUGGCAGUGUCGGUGGUGGAGUGGGAGGUGGUGGUGGAGGGACAGGUGGCACUGGAGGAGGAUCCAGUGGCUCGGAAAGAUCAACUGCUACCACCUUGUCCCAACCACCACAACAGCCACUUCUGUCACAUCCCGCUCUUCAGCACCCUACAGAGGAAGAUAUCCAAGGUUACCAGUUUAGUGAUCGCAGCUAGUCACGUUAAUGGUGGGCAGAGAACCACAGCCCGAGCUUAAACCUCAGUGAAAAUUGUGUCAAAUAUCAGUGAAGCUGCUUAAUGUUAUCAGCAUAACUGAUGUUGCAAUUAACUGCUUCUUGUUGCUUCUAAGAUGGCCUCCCCAAAUAAUUUUUUUAAUUUUUAUAAUUAAAGCAUUUUUGAAGAAAUUAAGUGCAGGUAGUGGUUAUGGUAAUAUAGUAGAAUAAUUUCCAAGAUCCAAUUACAUAGACAGUAUAUUUUUUAUAUAAAUACCAGUCAUUAUAUAAACUGCAGCACAAGUUAAUGUUAUUCACAAUAUUAUAUUCUCCAGUGAACUCAAAGCAUGCUACCCCACAAGUCAAUUCCACAAGGUAUUUCCACAUUAGCAAUAGUGGGCAAAUGGGAGUAUGCCAAUUCUUUGAACACAAAUCAGUUCAUAAAAACAUCAAAAUAGUUACUGAGGUGGAUGAUAACAUUAUUCAUGUUUUGCUGCUUCCUAAAGAGCAGAUGGUGACAAAAAAUGACAGUGACAUUAAACAUUGGAACUUACGUGUUUCGUUUUAAAAAGUCGCCACAGAGCUCACAGGAGAAUAGACAAAGGGAAGGAAAUGAGGACAAUGAAUUAUAAGUUUAAUUGAUGAUUCUGUUGAAAAAAAUUGCCUCUACCUGACUAAGUGUGUCUACUACUCAGCAGUUAUUACAUACACACAGAAGUGAAUAUAAUGAAACAAAUUUAUUUGUGUAUCACUAAAGUGCAAGUAUGUGUUACUGUUAAAAAAAAAACACAAAAAAAAAAGAAAAGUUUUUUCCAUAAAAGCAAGAUAAGGAUUGAAAAUGAAAGUGUGUGGUAGCCUGUGUGUUUUCUGCCCAAUAAGAAUGACAAGGAUGAUUGUUUAUGAGAAUUCAGGUAAUUCAGUGCAAAUCAUUGAAAGGAAUAUUUACAGUUUUAAAGUGACUUCCAGGCAUUGCAUUUCUACAGAUUCAUAUGCAAUAAUUUCACAAAACUGACAAAGGUAGUGGAGUUUCAAGAUAUUGUAGCUGACUCUGCAGCCAGUUUAUGCAACUUUGUAUUAGAAUUGUGUUUAUGACUUCUACAGUAAAUAAACUGUGGUCAGGUCCUGAGCUUUGUACUUGAAGUUAUACAUGUCGUUGUUUUGUGAUACAGUAAGACAACCCUGGGCUUGCCAGGAAUUUAUAUGGGUUUGAAUCAAAUCAACCAUAUAUUGUUUUUGGUUCACCUUAUAAUUUCAGUCAUAAUGACAGAAAUAAUAAGAAUCCAUUAGCUUGAAUUAGGUGCAGAUGUGUACAGUGUACAAAAUGCAUACAAUGUGUACAUUGUGUAUAAUGUGUACAUGUACAGUGCACAUAGUGUAGUGUGUACAUUGUGUAUACAGUGUAUAUUGUGUAUUUAUGUAGUGUGUACAUUGUGUACAGUGUACAGUGUGUACAUUAUGCACAGAGGGGUUCAUGACUGCAUGUAUUGUGUUUUACACUGUGUUCCUUAAAUUGCAGCUAUUUGACUAUUAGGGAAGACUAGUAUUUUUUUAAUGCAUUUUUAAAUGGAGGUUGUAAGCUUGAGUUUAUAAUCAAAUGUAUAGUCAUGUUAUUUAUAUACAAAGCCUCAUAUGUGAGCCAAAAGCAGGUAAAUUUAAUAAGGAUCAAUAAGUUGCUGAACUUUUAUGAAAGUGAGAAUUAAGUUUCAUGAAAUUGUCAAAUUCUUAAAAGUACCAGGAGUUUUAAACUAUUUUGUGUCAUCUGAAGGGUAUGUUUGCAGUGUUAUUGUGACAGUACAUACUUGUAGUUGUAUUUUGUAAAUGAAAGGAGAAUAACAGUAAAAUACAUUACAUGGGAAGGAUAGAGAAUGUAAAGAUUAAAUGAGUAGCAGUGGAAAAGUUAUAUAUAGUAAUACCUUGUAUAACAUGGUUCUGAACAGCAUGGGUUUUGCUAUAGCACAGUUUAUAAUUUUAAAGGUUUUAACAAUUAAAAUUUUUUUUAGCAGUAGUUUGGUAGUGAAUCACCACAGUAAUGACCACACAGGGAGUUUGUGGGAUACAUGCAAUGUAUCGGUACACUAACAUAUUUUGUCUUUGGAACAGAAAAGUUGUAGUCACUAUAAUUUAUUAUAUUUUUUAUUACAUGCGAGUACUUUUUUAUAUGCAGUUAUGAGUGGGAAGAGGAAAUGCAACAAAACUUUUGAACCUAACAAAUGUAAAUGGUUAACAAUAGAACAAAAUCUUGAAAUUAUAAAGCGUCAUGAAGAAGGAGCAUCAUACACUAAAAUAGCAACAAGUCUCCUGAAUGGGGUAAAAGGAAAUGUAGAGAAAGGAAAACUUUUUCAACUAGUCAUGGCUGAUUUUAUAACUUUAAAAAGCAUAUGGGGUUCCAUAACAUUGGAAUUGUAAAUGAAAGUGCUAGUGCUUUUUGAAGAACAUGCCCUUGUGCAUUUAUUUAACUCUUAAACUGUGGGUUACUCCAAAAAAAAAAAAAAUAUUCCUGUGACUGGGAAGAUUUUAAAAAGAAAAAAAAAAAAAAUUUUCUUAGUUUGACAGCGUCCAUUUUUCCGAGUCAAAUAAGACUAAAAUGAGUGGAAUCGAAUAAAAACUUAGGAUUUUAUGAUAAUGUUGAAAUUAGUGAAAAAAUUAUCAUUCACCAGCAGUGGCAUAAAAGCACCAGUGAUAUUUAAAUUUUACAAUUUAUUGAUGCCAAUAUGUGAUUUUUUUGUUUUGUUUUAAUUGCUUUUAAUGUUUAACCCUUUGGGGGUCGCCAGGCCCUCUCAGAGACUUGUUCUCAGGGUUGCCAAAAUUUAAAAAAAAAGAAAAAUAAUAUUUUUUCUUGUGAAAAGAUAGAGAAUCUUUUUCCCGAUCAUAAUGACACCAAAAGUAUGAAAUUUGAUGGAAAACUUACGGAAUUAUGCUCUUGCGAAGUUAGUGGUCUCGACGAUGUUUACACAUCGGCGAUUUUGCCCACUUUGAGCCCUAUUUUCGAUCAAUUCCAGUGUACUAGUCAACAAAAAUCAUAACUAUUUCGCUAGAACUCCAUUUUUUCUAUCGAAUGAGUACAAGAAACCACCAAUUUACUGAUUUCAACUAUCCAAUAAAGUGGUCAGAAUUUAGCAAUUUUGCCAAUUUCACACAAAUUUCAAGUUGCCAAUUUCCAAAUAGGGUCCAGAAUAAACAAGAAAGACAUUCCUGGCACUAAAAUGACAUUUCCUCUGUUCAUUAGUCACGUCCCCAUGCCCCUCUUACAUUUCUUUAGCUUUCCACUUUGAUUUUUUAUUCUCACAAAAAUAAUAAGAUUUACUGUUAUGCAGACUACUGCAUUAGUGUAGAAAUGGUAUAAAUAAUAUCAGCGCACUUGUGAAAGAAUAUUAGACUCGCCAGUUCAUGUGUAUUGGAUGCUUAGCAUGAUUUGUUUACUUUUGAACUUUGGUAAAAAUCGAAAAUUUCUGCUACUUUGAGAUCAAUUUCAAGGCACUUUUCAUUGUAAAACCAGUCAAAAUCAUCUCAAUUUCUGUAAUAUGUCUUCCAUUCUAUACAAUGAGACCAGGAAAACUAGAAUGCAACAAUAAAUACCUUACGAAAAUGCAGUGCAAAGUCGCUGUUUUAAACCAAAAACACAGUCAAAGUUUUUUUUUCUCAUUACGCACUGUGUGCUGCAGGAUUUUUUUAUACUGUGCACACUGACCACAUAGACCCAUUCUUUCAUAUGUAGGUCUACCAGCUUUCUCUUGCUAGAUUUGAGGGCGUUAGAAUUUAUGCGUACUAGUACGUUUAAAACCCUGAUGCGUAAGCCGUACUAGUAUGGCCGAAACCCCGAAAGGGUUAACAGUAUGUACACUAGUUUCUUAUAUUAGAUGUGUUUAAAGUCUUUUGUCAGUUGAAACGGGGAAAUACUUAGCCCGACAUUGCUCCAUAUGGAAUAUAUGAUGCAAUUUUUUUUUUUUUUUUUUUUUUUUUUUUUUAAGGCUUUAUGCAAGGAAUACAUACUUACAGUAUUACAAUUAUUCACAUUGUUUGACUCUACUGGGUUAUCCUUGGUUAAACCUAUUUAGUGUGAUUUGUGACUGACUUCCAUGGUUAGUACAGUGGAACCUCAGUUUUCGUGAUUAAUCCAUUUGGAAAAAGUCUGACGAAAACCGAAGCAUAUGAAAACUGAAGCAAUAUUUCCCAUAAGAAAUAAUGUAAAUCCAAUUAAUCUGUUCCAAACACCCAAAAAUAUUAACAAAAAAUACAUUUUAUAGAGAUUAACUAUAGUUUUACAUACAGAAAGCAUUGAGGAAUAAAUAUAAAUGACUAAUGGAAUGGAUAAAUGAACAUUUAACAUCACUUUUACCUUUAUUGAAGAGACUUGUUGACGUAUGGAAGACGGCGAGGAGGGUAGAGGGAGGAGGAGAGGUUAUUGUUUGGAAGGGGAAUCCCCGUCCAUAAGGAAUUCAGGUAUCAAGGCCCUAUCUGGGGUUACUUCCCUUCUUUGUCUUUUACUGGCACUAGGACCAGCUUGAGAGUCACUCGACCCGUUGCACAAAAAAUCUGUCCAGAGAGGUCUGUUUCUGGCAUCUCUCUAAGAUUUGACUGAAAUGGGACAAGGCUUUGUCAUUGAACAUGUUGCAGACACGGCUUGCAACAGCUUUGUUAGGGUGAUAUUUCUCCACAAAACUUUGCAACUCAUUCCACUUUGCACACAUCCUUAACCCGUAAACGGUCCAAACGUAUAUAUACGUUCACUACCCCAGUGCCCCGAAUAUUUUGAAAAAUAAAAAAAUCAUUUUUUGUUGAAAGAAAGAGCACAUUUUUCUAAGUGUUAUAGCAUAAAAAAAAUUUUUAAGGUCAGUACUUACCGAGAUAUGAGGCCGCAAAGUUGGCACUUGGAGAUCACCUGGCGGCAACAUGGAGCGCUGCCGCAUGCAGAAGUGUUGCCGAUAUAUCUUUUUUUCCAUUUUUCGUAUUAUUUUAUAUAAUUUUUAUGUUUUAAUAAUUACAAUUUAUAGUAGUUCUUGUCAUUUCAUAACUAAUCUUUGUUCUGACACUAGUAUUAGGUACUGAAAUUGUACUCACAUUGUCACAAACAAAUGACAGGUGGACAGUUACAUCUGCCCUUGGUCAUUUACUAUUGUCUUGGAAUAUAUACAGAGUAUUUAUAGGUCCCAGCAAUGUUUUGGAUAUGAGGAAGUAUAUAAUAAUAAUGAGGAGGAGGAGAAGAAGAAUACAUAAUAAUAAAAUAAUAAGUUCCCUUGAAGCAUGAAAAACAGUCCACCCCUGACAGUGACUUGAUAAGAUGAGAUAACAUUUGAUAAGAGCUGACGUUUGAUGAGCAUUGGCAAGGGUGCAGUGAUAAGACUUGAUAAGAAAAGAUUAGGGCCUGCUUUGUUUUCGGGUACACAAACAUGUCUAUUUGUUUGUCAAGCUAUCUGACUAUGUGUCUAACUCUGUCUCAGAGAGAGCCACAAGACUGGGUCAUCACGUUUACUCAUAUCUUCAAGCAGAGUAUAGCACUUUGGAUUUUUUGGGUUAUCCUAGGUAAUUUACACUAUGUAUACUUGUAUUUAUGUGUACCUGUGAGAAAGAGAUAGACAGAGAGACAGACAGACAUAGAGACAAAUGGAGAUAGAGCCAGGCCGCCAGCAGCCGGCCAGCCACACAGCUGGCUGCUACGCAGCUGGCCAGCCAGCUACCCAGCCAGCUAGCCAGACAAUCAGGCAGGCAGCCAGCCAGCCAGAAUUGUUUCUCUUUACUUAGGGCAUAGGUUAUAAGACUUUCUGAAAGGGUGUUGCACAAAUAUUGCACAUGGGUUAUUAUCGAGUUUUUUUUUUAUAUUUCCUCUACCACUUGUGGCCACAUCCACCUCAUAGCCACUAAACUGGGGGUCAAAAUCACUUUCCUCUUAAAAUGGGAGUGGUAAUACUACAUGACACCAGUGAAUCCAAGGUGUUUGCUGCGCUGUUUGCUCUAGCUGGUGCUCAUUUGAACUGGUGCUUCCACAAGGUACUAAGUGAUCCCAGAUUUUUUUAAUAC